AAUUGAUAUUUAGAAAAGUCAAGUUUAGCUCGAUUAGGCAGGCGCAAUUAAGGAAUUGUCUUCUAGGUUGGAAAAACAAUUAUGAUCAAUGCAGAUAUCCGCAUAUGCGAAAUGGGCACUCGAGUUGUUCCCAUCCAAGACACCAUUUAACUUAUAAUAAAGAUGACUUAAGGAGCAACUGGACAAAACAAUAAUUGCCUAGACAAAGGAUGAGUUUCCAGGUCAUACUCUCUUGUCUGGAUUCAUCGCAUAUUCCUAGGAUUACCUUCUCCAUUCGAACCGGUAUUUUCCUCGUUUCUGUGACAUCGCUUGGUUUUUGUAGCCCGACAAGAUCUCGUUCUUUUCCCACCCCCUCAUGCAAGAACUAGACAAGAGCCUCCACGACCCUUUAAUCCAGUCGCGUCGGGGUGAUCUGAAAGAUGAGGGAAAACAGGAGACCUUGCUCGGGAAACGACCCGUCAAGGUUAGAUUCCAAGAAAACGAGCCGGGGAGCGAUGCUGCUGCUGCCCAUGGAAGUGGCCGGUUCAACAGAUACGCCCUCGCCGGGGCCAUCCUGGCCUCCACCAACUCCAUCCUGUUGGGAUACGAUAUCGGGGUGAUGAGCGGCGCGGCGUUGUUCAUCCGAGAGGACCUCAAGAUCACGUCAACACAAGUUGAGAUCUUGGUGGGCUCUCUCAACGUGGUGUCGCUGUUCGGGUCCCUGGCCUCCGGCCGGACCUCCGAUUGGAUUGGCCGCCGGUGGACCAUCGUCCUCGCGGCCUGCACCUUCCUGGUCGGCGCGCUCCUGAUGGGCCUCGCCCCUUCGUUCCCGUUCCUCAUGGCCGGGAGGGUAGUCGCCGGGGUCGGGGUCGGGUUCUCCCUCAUGAUUGCGCCGGUCUACGUGGCCGAGCUCUCGCCGGCGAUGACCCGAGGCUUCCUGUCGUCGCUCCCCGAGGUCUUCAUCAACAUCGGCAUCCUCCUCGGAUACAUAUCGAACUACGCCUUGUCAGGCCUCCCGCCUGAUGUAAAUUGGAGGCUCAUGCUGGGCCUGGCCGCGCUGCCGGCCGUCGCGAUCGGGUUGGGGGUGAUGGCGAUGCCGGAGUCGCCGAGGUGGCUCGUCCUGGAAGGGAGGCUGGAAGAGGCGAGGCAAGUCCUGGUCAGGACAUCGGAAACCGUGGAAGAGGCGGAAUUGAGGCUCGGCGAGAUGGUCGAAGCCGCUUCCCUAAAUCCUGGCCCAGCUCAUUGGAACGGGCAGGGCGUAUGGAGGGAGCUCCUGUGGUGCCCGUCCCGGCCCGUCAGGAGGAUACUCGUCGCCGCAAUCGGGCUCAACUUCUUCAUGCAGGCAUCCGGGAACGACGCGGUCGUGUACUACAGCCCGGAGGUGUUCCGAGAUGCCGGAAUCAGCAACCAGCGGCUGCUCAUGGGGGUCACGGUGAUCAUGGGCUUUGCGAAGACGUUCUUCGUGUUCGUAUCGGCCCUUUUCUUGGACCGGUUUGGGCGGAGGCCCCUCCUGCUGCUGGGCUCCGCCGGGAUGGCGAUGUCCCUGGCCGGGCUCGGCAUGGGCUCCAUGUUCCUCGAGAGGUCGGGGAGCAAGCCCGCGUGGGCCAUCGUGCUGUGUGUGGUGGCCCUCUGCGCCGACGUCUCGUUCUUUUCGAUUGGGCUCGGGCCCAUCACGUGGGUCUACUCGACCGAGGUGUUCCCGACGAGGCUGCGGGCCCAGGGCACGAGCCUGGCCAUCGCGGUGAACCGGCUGGUGAGCGGGGCGGUGGCGAUGUCGUUCCUGAGCAUCUCCAGGGAGAUGACCUUCGGGGGGAUGUUUCUCAUGCUCGCUGGGGUGAUGGUUUUGGCGACUGUGUUCUUCUACUUCUUUUUGCCUGAGACGAAAGGUAAGAGUUUGGAAGAGAUCGGGGCUUUAUUUGAGGAUAAAGAUUGAUCAAUAGACGAAAGAGAUAGAGCCAAAUGAAGAGCAUAAAAAUGUCGAGUUGAUGACCAAUUGUAUCGUUUCUUGGGGAAGCGGGGGGUGGUCGAAUUGUAUUCUUUGCGACAGAUCGAGGGUGCAGGAACUCAGUUCUCUCUUAUUUUCCGUAUGGGAUCGAUCGUGUUGUGGCGAUGAAAUCAAGCUCAAACUUUUCCA